CUAUAUAAAUGUUUGCUUUGAAAAGUAAUUACUAAAUAAUCUUAGAUUCCAAUCACAUAGACAUAUUUUGAGGUCUCUUUACCUAUGAUCACAUUAAUCUUUGAUGUAGCCAUAGAGAUGGUGCCAUUUGUUAUUGGUUAAGAUGGUGGAGACCCACAUUUUUCUAAUAAUAAAAUGGUUGAAUAAUUCUAAACUUGUAAUAUAUAUCAAUAUCAUAAUCUUUCCCAUUUGACAAGAAACAACAUAAGGUAACCCUUUUGACAAGAAAGUAAACACUAUCUUUGAUUAUUUAUAAAUAAACAAACUAUCUAAUCUAAUUCCAAUCUCUCUCUCUGAUCUUAUCUUAUCUAUCAUUUAUUUUCAUCUUUCUCUUUAAUAAAAUACACUAAAGUUACUGUGACUUUCCCGCCACAAAGUCACCGAAUCAAAAUCCUAAAAUUUCACCAUGGCAAUGCACUCAUCCAAACACACCCUUACCACUUGCCCCACCACAAUCCUCCUCUUCAUCCUUCUCCAAAUUUCACCGCUGAUCGCCGGAAAACCCCACGUCAUCAAUUUCCGAUCACCCAACCUCUAUCCAGAAAGCAUAGCAUGGGACCCAACAAAUCAACACUUCAUAGUCAGCUCCCUCCACCACCGCACAAUCUCCGCCAUCUCAUACACUGGCGUAAUCAAAACCCUAAUCUUUGAUCCUUCCCUCCCCGAAAACGUCACAAUUUUAGGCCUCACUGUCGAUUCUCACAACAACCGCAUCCUCGCCGCAAUCCACGCUCUUAAACCCUAUCCUCCUUUCAACGCUCUUGCUGCCUACGACCUAAUUUCCGGAAACCGUCUCUUCCUCUCCCACCUACCCUCCUCCAAACCCUCUGACCAACCCGUUGCAAACGACGUUGCAGUGGACCCCACUGGAAACGCUUACGUAACAAACUCUGGCGACAAUUACAUUUGGAAAGUUAACACCAACGGAGAACCGUCGAUUUUCUCGAACUCACCGAAGUUCACCGAACCUACGGUGGACCUCGAUACACCAUAUAGUUACUGUGGUCUUAACGGUAUUGCUUACAUCAGCAAUGAUAACGGUUACCUUCUGGUGGUGCAAUCUAAUACAGGCAAGAUAUUCAAAGUUGAUGCGGACGAUGGUACUACCGUUGAGAUCGUGAAACUCGAGAAAGAUCUAACAUGUCCUGAUGGUGUUAGUUUGAGAACUGACGGCAUCGUUUUGGUUGUGUCACCAGAAGUUAAUAAAUUGUGGUUUUUAAAGAGUGAUGAUGCAUGGGUAGAGGGUGUGGUGUUUGAUGAAAUUGACCUUGACUUGGAAGGGUACCCUACUUCAGUUGUAGUUAGGGAUAAUGACAGGGGGUAUGUGUUGUAUGGACAUGUGAAGGAGGGUAUUUUAGGGAGUUUUGGGAGGGAGGGUUUUAGAAUUGUGGAAGUUAGAUCUUCUAAAGAGAGUGAGGAUAAGAGUGUUUGGAUGUAUGUUAUUAUUGGAAUUGGUUUGGUUUGUUUCUUGUAUUGGAAGUUUCAAAUGAGGCAGCUUGUGAAGAAUAUGGAUAAGAAGAUAAGUUGAUCAUCAUGGAGGCGUUUGGAUUAAGCACUUAUUCAAUAAGCUUCAAUAAGUUGAGUGCAUGUUUGUUAUCAUGGACAAUUUGUAAAAAUCACAGUGAGCUAUCAUGAUUUUGCAGAAACUACACUUUGUAGUAUUUACAAAAUCACGUUAAUUCACAUGAUUCUAACAAACCUACCGUGAUAUCAAACAUACACCGAUAAACAGAUUAAAUUUGCACGCGAAAUAUAUCUAUAAUCAAAGAGGAAAUGAUAGAAAAUAUCUCUCCAUAAGUUUAAAAUGGGUUAUGAGAAUAAAUUAUCUAAAGAAUGAAUGUAAGCUUAAUAUAGUUUAUGGACAUACCAUAUACGCUAUGUUUGUAAGUUUUUGUAAGGAUGUAUGCAAAUGUUUAUGUCAUAAUAUAAGUCUAAAUAAGCUUUCAAAAGCA